CGUGUUCACACGCUACCCCGACUCGUCGCCUUCGCCUUGCUCGUCUUCGUCUCCGCCUCCUGCGACGAAGCGAAGCGAGACGCCUCCGCCUCGCGCGAGCCACCACGAGCACCUCGACACGGGAGUCCGAAUCCUCCUCCUCCCCCCUCCAUUGGAGGCCUCCGAGGUGAUGGAUUCAGUGUCAUUGUCACUACUCGAUAGUAUUUCAAAUUUCCGGGUGCUGUCUUCAAGCAAUGCCUCGAAAACAGAGCUAGUUAAGAAAUAUUGCCAAACGAUGGAUGGCAUCCUUGAUCACUUGGAGGUGGCCCUAAACAGAGCUUUUCCUCAGAUUACUCCAGAUGGUGAACUAAGUAAAGUGCUUGAAGAACUUGGCGCUACCAUCAAUGAAGCGACUGAGCUAGUUGGAGGCUGGAAUCAAAUGAUGAGCAAGAUUUAUUUUGUUAUUCAGGCUGAUUCAAUUAUUGCCAAGAUGCAGAUAUAUGUAUUCGAAUUAUGCCAAAUUGUCAAUUCUCUCAUGCAGAUUGAGUCAAUGCAUUUGGAGGAUCUUGAACACGAUAGCUGUGGAAAAAUUUCAGAUGUCAUUAGGGAGGCUUCCAGGGCUUUAGCAGGGGAAGUUAUGCCAAAUUCAGAGGAAUUUGGAAAGAUUCAAACUACUUUGAGCUUAUCCACAAAUCAGGAGUUGCUGAUGGAAUAUGUUGCACUUGUUAAGGUUAAAACAAAAGGUAAUCAUGAAGAUAACAAAGAAAUGGAUGAUAUUAACGAUAUUGUUGAAUUAGUCAACCAUAUGCUUGACAAACAUGUGGAAGAAAAGCAAACACGUAGCAUUAAUGGAGUGACCAUUCCUGCUGAUUUUUGUUGUCCUCUUUCCCUUGAACUAAUGUCGGAUCCAGUGAUUGUGGCAUCUGGUCAAACGUAUGAGCAUGUUUUUAUCAGAAAAUGGUUUGAUCUGGGAUACAACAUUUGUCCAAAGACACGCCAAAUAUUGGGACACACCAAAUUGAUUCCUAACUUCACUGUCAAACAGUUGAUUGAAAAUUGGUGUGAGGUACAUGGUAUAAUGCUACCAGAUCCUGUUAAACUCUUGAGUUUGUGCUUCCCUGUUUCCCUCAACAUCACAGAUGGAAGUGCAAGUGCAGACAAGUCUGGAUCACCAGAACACUGCCAAUUGGUAGCUGCAUUGCAUCCAAAAGCACAGUGCGCAUCGGAUGAUAGUCAUCAUUAUAAUUUGAUACAUGAAAACUCUGAUUCAGAUGAUAGAGUGUCAUCAUUUGGAGACACAGAUGAUUCUGAACCUGAUUCUUUAAGAUUAUCAACAGAAACUACUGCAGCAAACAAAUCUCUACUUGAUGAAAAAACUGAUCGUUCUGAUGGUCUUAAGCAAUUGAGAGACAAUGGUUUUCAAGUUUCUGAUGAGGAACAGUAUCUCGAAAGGAAUGGUAAAAGUCAUAUCAGCAGCCAUCAUCAACUUGAAGUUGAUGGAGAGAAUGUCAGGGUACAAGCAUCAAGUGACAUCAAUGCAUCUGAAGUUAUGCAAGAUGAUCCGGUCACCACAUGUUCAAAGGUAUCAGAUAACCCUCCUAGAUUGGGUGGUGUUCGUUCUCGAAAUCAGCCAAACUGGUGGAGACAGUCUAAUAAAACUAUUCCUAGGAUCGGAUUGUCAUCUUCGACAGAUUCAAAACCAGAUUUUUCUGGCAAUGAUGCUAAAGUGCGUAAUCUUAUCGAGGAACUGAAAAGUGAUUCUGCUGAGGUCCAAAGGUCAGCAACAGGAGAGCUCCGCAUUCUUUCUAGACACAGCUUGGAGAAUAGAAUUGCCAUCGCAAACUGCGGAGCAAUCCCCUUCUUGGUGAGUCUACUUCAUUCUACAGACCCCAGCACACAAGAAAAUGCUGUGACAAUUCUCCUGAAUUUGUCAUUGGAUGACAAUAACAAGAUUGCCAUAGCAAGUGCUGAGGCCAUUGAGCCUCUCAUCUUCGUUCUUCAGGUGGGAAACCCCGAAGCGAAAGCCAACUCAGCUGCAACUUUAUUCAGCCUCUCAGUCAUUGAAGAGAACAAGAUCAAGAUUGGACGUUCCGGUGCCAUCGAACCAUUAGUAGAUUUACUGGGAGAAGGUACCCCGCAAGGGAAGAAGGAUGCAGCUACUGCACUCUUCAAUCUGUCGAUAUUUCAUGAACACAAGACCCGCAUUGUUCAGGCUGGGGCUGUCAACCACCUGGUGGAGCUGAUGGAUCCAGCUGCUGGGAUGGUUGAUAAAGCUGUUGCUGUUCUGGCAAACCUUGCGACUGUGCAUGAUGGAAGGAAUGCCAUUGCUCAGGCAGGAGGCAUCCGAGUACUGGUUGAGGUUGUUGAGCUGGGUUCUGCACGUUCAAAGGAGAAUGCCGCUGCUGCCCUGCUACAACUCUGCACAAACAGUAACAGGUUUUGCACCCUGGUUCUUCAAGAAGGCGUCGUGCCACCUUUGGUUGCAUUGUCGCAAUCAGGCACAGCCCGUGCAAGAGAGAAGGCUCAGGUUCUUCUAAGCUAUUUUCGCAACCAGCGCCACGUCAGGGUUGGGAGAGGGUAAGUCUACGCAAUUAAGCAGCAAUGCGGCGGUCUGAUUAUUGUUCCAUGAUCCUUGUUGGCCGGGCAAUUAAGAGAUGUAUAUUCCAUCCUAGUCGUAGCAUAUUUUUUCUGGUAGUGAUUCCAAAUGAUUGAUGUCACAAGUUGCUUCCUGUAAAGAAGACCCAUCUAUUGUGUAUACAUGGUUUUCACGAUAUUUAGUUCACUUCUGUACUGAAA